AGGGGGACCUGGUACGACACUGCAUUUCACGCGCCUUGGUCAAGCUUCCAGUUAGAGCUGACUGCCCGUUUCAGCAUCCGCGCUCGACUUCAUCCGGCAUCUCGGCCAGGGAGCAACUCAGACGGCGGGGUUCUUUUUAGCUGAUUCGACUGCGCUCUUGCUGUCGGACAUGCCAGAUAAUGAUGGUCUGAUGCGCGUGUUUUGGCCGGCCGAUCUGCCGCGGUCGGACCUGAAGGGCGUGGUAGUGGGGUGGAGGAACUCGGCUCUGGACGUAUUUGUGCUGGCCAUCCUGGAAGAGGUCGAGCUUCGGAAUGUCGAAUUCGCCCUCAAGAUUGGCACGCUCCUCCGCAACGCUCCCCAUCCCGUAAGCCGCAUCUACGAGCUGUGCGGCCAGACAUCGAUAUGCGUCCUCGGCCUGUCCAACACCCCAGACUCGGUCGAGAUUGAUCCGUCAUGGAUACGCGUCACGGUCGGGCCCAAGCGCCGUGUCCCUGCCAUCACAUGUCCGCGAGCCUCGAGCAUUCAGCUGAUCCUCUUUGAGAGACCGAAUCCCACUAGAAUGCAAUAUAUUUCCCUAAACCCAAUCGAGUUGGCUCUUGACGACAAGCACGAUAGUUUCCGGCAAGAUGUGUCUGAUGGAAUUGAAGACGAUGACGAGAAGGAGGAGCGCAGGAAGAAGGAGCAACAGAGACAGCUCGUCGAGAAGCUGAAGCAGCAUUCAAUCUUUAAGCGUGUGCCUUCCGAGAAAGAAAAGGCACUCGCCAAGAUUGUGAACCAGAUCAACUGGUCAUGGGAGCUCGAGAAGCUGCUCCAGAAGAACGUUUCUCGCAUUGGCACGCGCCCUAAGCGGAGUCUUAGUGUCUCCGAGAGGGUUGUUGAGUCAGCAACGACGGCGCGCGACAUGAUGGUGGUGUGGAUGUGGGAUCUUUUUACCGUCUACGUUUGGCCUGUCAUCAAACGGGUCUUUGUCAUGGGGCUAUUGGCCCAUCGGAUCGCCGCCGAAAUGCUCUUGCGGAUCCUGGAAUGGCGGGCGCAGCCAAGGUACGCCGCCCUGAAGGACAUCUCUGCCACCGCUCAGCAGGUCGAGAUUCGUCUGCAGCAGUUCUGCUACUGGCCGAUGCAGUAUGUCACUCUUCGGUUGAGGAAGAACGACUGGGAGAGCGUGACAACCAGCCACCCCGACUACAUCCGCUUUUAUAACAGCCUCUGGCUUGUGGCCAACGAUGUGAUCAUCGGCAUCGCUCUGGGGUCUUACAUCAUUGAUAACGCCGGCUGGGUUGCUGAGGAGGUCAACCAGCUCCUCAGUCAGUACACGGUGGACGCGCUGCAGAGCAGCAUCUCCUGGCUCAUGGGAUGGCCCGCCGGGUUGAAGCUGAACAAUGAGCUAGGGGCAUUCCUCGGCGACUUGUUUCUAUGGGUCAUUGAUUAUUGGUCAAGCUUCAUCGAGGCUCUUCGCCCAUAUCUGCCUCGCAUCAUCUGGUUCAUAGGCUUCUCGAGCUUUGCCGGAGCAAGCAUGCCGAUAGCCUUGUUUUCGGACCUUCUCUCCAUCCUGACGGUGCACAUCUACUCUUUUUACCUAGCCUCGGCCCGAAUCUACCACUGGCAGCUGAAUAUCCUGAUAUCGCUGUUCCACCUGUUCAGGGGCAAGAAGCACAACGUCCUCAGAAAUCGGAUCGACUCGUGCGAUUACGAUCUUGACCAGCUGCUCGUUGGCACCAUCCUCUUCACUCUUCUCUUCUUUUUGCUACCGACUGUGGUGGUGUUUUACCUUAAUUUUGCUAUCGCACGCAUGGUGAUCAUCUCGCUCAAGGCCGUCUUCGACACGAUGCUGUCUUGCUUGAAUCACUUCCCUCUUUUCGCGCUCAUGCUUCGGAUCAAGGAUCCUGGGAGGCUUCCUGGCGGGAUCCGGUUUGAGCUUCGAGAUACCCAAGACUUCAGAUCACCCAUUACUAUUAACUCGCCCACACAAAAGCUGCCUUCGACUUCAGUAAUAUACCUAAAAUCCGUUCCCCUGAAAUUCAAGGCCAUGUUCCACCAAUACUUUCAAAUGGGACAGCGGAUCCGCAAACACUAUCUCUCGCCGCGGGUGUUGCUCUGUCUUCUCACCGGAAAGUUUGUCCCGCCGCUGAACCGCAAGAACCUGUACAGCCUCCAGUACAGCAUGCUACCGGCGCGGAGAGCGGGUGUUAUGGAGAUGUGGAACGCGGUCAAUUCGCUGCCGGAGUCCAAGAAGCGGGGGGCGCCGGUGCAUGUGCCAAUCCUGGCGAACGGGAAAACGUUCCCCAGCAAUUAUGGCGGGGGGAGGUCACGAGGUUAUGGGUAGAGCCGGUAAACACGGUUAUUUACAUCGCACUAGAACGUAAUAAAUGGGCGAAGGCAUUGCUCUGAUCAGAGGAAACCUCCUGAGUGGUGAAUGGUCGCUUCUGCUGUAGUUCUGCCAGUCCAACAAUCUUAGAGGGAAAAAAAAAAAAGGGAGGGGGAGGUUAAACUCAGAUAACAACUGAUCCUGUUGCCCCUUGGGCACCUGUAGCUGGCAAGCGAUCGGCUGAGGAGCUCCAAGUUAUAUUUCGGUUGUUCUCAACAAGACUGAAGAGCUUAGGUACGACUGCCGGGCAAUGAGCUAACAAACUCACCAUACCUGCCACUUUUCCUCACGUUAUGGCUAACAUACGCAGCAUUUGUAUGAGAGAGGCCGGUACCUUAUGCAAUUCACCGAUGUAGAAAUCUUGCGUUACCUAGGUACCUAGGUACCUAUGCAGCGCAGCGGACCUUGGGGAAGCAGCAUCUCAGCUCCACAAACGGAAGAAGCACGCGCAACCAUCAAACCCCUUCCUUUUCGUCUCGUGUGCUCAAUCUCCAAAAAUCAGAACGCGUUCGCCCGCGUCUAGAUCAUGGCUGGACCUGGGACUAGCUUGACCCCGCGAUCUCUCAUCUAGUGGCCCCA